AUGUCUAAUCCGGAGCUAACAGCGUUUGUGGAUGUGCAAGCGGCGUCGAGUCCGAUCGAAACGCAAGCCUCGAUGGCGGGAAUAAUCGGGCGUUACCACGCACAUAUACUACGCCGUUUGGAAUCGCUGAAAGUGGCUUUGGAAUCAACGCAGGAUGCUGAUGUAUCAUAUCUUCAAGAGUGUACGGAGCAGUUAAAAUCCAUCGCAUCAUCCUUUGAGAGCAAAUACACGGCGAUCAUGGAAAGCAGCAAUGCCAUCAGUACAGAGGAGGAAGAGAGACAAUAUGCAGAGGUUGAGCAGCGACGCUUCGAGUUGUCUGUAGUGCUGAAACGGCGCGAAGCGGCGUUGUGUGCGUCGGCGAACGUUACGCACUCGCCAGGAGUGUCAAACCCCAAAUCGAAAGUGCGUUUACCAGAAAUUCCGUUGCCUAAGUUCGAAGGCACGUUGGAAGCUUGGCCGACUUUCCGUGACGCAUUUGGUAGUAUGAUUGACCAGCAUCCGAGCUUAUCCGACGUCGAUAAGCUCAUUUACCUGAAACGCGUGGUAUCCAAGGAGGCAGCUCAAGUGAUUGAAGCAGUGGAAACUACAGCAGCCAAUUACAACAUCGCAUGGGAACUACUUAAGAGUAGAUACGAGAACAAGAAAGUAUUGGUGCGACGUUAUUUGGAGGAACUCUUCGCAAUUCCCGCGGCAAAGCGUGAAAGCUUCGAGUCACUCACCAAUUUGCUGGAUGGCUUCGAGCGAGCCAUCAAAAUGGUCGAAAAGGUUGGUGUUGUUACAAAGGGCUGGAGUGUGCUUCUAGCCCACAUGUUGUGCGAUAGAUUAGACGCGAAUACUCGAAAGCUAUGGGAAACGCAUCACCGAAGUGUAGAAGUGGCUGAAUACACUGAAAUAGUGCAGUUUUUGAAGCAGCAUGUAGUAGUGUUACAAGCAUUGCCUCAGACGAAGGAGCAGGUAUCAACGAGCACACACACCAACCACGGACGACAAAAGCUAAAGCAGGCAUGUGCAACCCUGAACGUGAUUGCGGAAAAAUGCGUUUUUUGUUCGCAAGAUUACCACUCGGCGUUUAAGUGCCAGACUUUUCGUAAUCUUUCGGUGAUGGAACGGUACAACUUAAUCAAGGCAAAGGGGCUUUGCAUCAAUUGUUUGGCAGUAGACCAUCGCGUGAAGGAGUGUGCAUCGAGUUCGUGUCGAGUGUGCAAGUUAAAGCACCAUACCAUGCUGCAUAGGUCACCAGUCGAAUCAAACCCCAACCCGAACACUUCUGUAGCUGCUGCUGAUGGAGAUCCUGCGCAACCCGUCCAAUCGAAAAGGGAAACCGGAAAUCAGGCGGUGAUGCCGUACCCGUAA